GGAAACACCAGCUGUCCCUAGUAGUUUGCGAUGUGCGUCGUCUGGAACGGAUUUCUCUGCGCUCCUUCAACAGUUCAAAUUGAGUUAGUAUGGGGAAUCCCUCUGUUUGUGUAGUGAUUUGUUGUCAUUUUCACGUUAUUCGCUCAGUAUCAUAGCUGUUCUGCCGCUUGAUAUAUUUAAUACGAGUCUAUUUAUAGUGUAAACAUUCAAAUCUAUUUAAGUGACCAUGGCAAACGCGAAGGUUUGGCUGCUGCUUCUGUUGCACUUUGCGCUCGUCUCUAUGGGAAGAGCGGAUUGUCCAUUGCCUCAACUGAAUGGCAGUGUUCUGCUGUCUGAGAGAUCCAUACUGCAAAACAACUUUCCAGACACUUCUGAAGCUUUUCUGGAGUGUCUCAAUGGAUUUCAGAGAGAGUCAGGGUCGACUUCAAUCUCCUGCUUUAACGGGGAGUGGAGCGCUGUGGAAUUAAAAUGCAAAAAGGUAGACUGUGGACAACCCAAGCCUUCACCACAUAUGACCUACAUCAUCUCGGAGGGAACGUUGUUUGGUUCUUAUACAAGACCCAUAUGCCAGAGAGGAUAUUACCUGGAAGGGUCGAGCUACAGACAGUGUCUUGUAACGGGCUGGAGUGGAAAAUCUAUGUGUUCACUGAUUAUUUGCGAAAAGCCUGCUGAAAUUGCACAUGGCAAAAUAGUGACACAGUUGCAUAAAGAGGAUGUAGUCAUGGACGAUGUCAUUGAGUAUUCCUGUGAUGCCAGCUAUGUCCUUGACGGAAACAGGUUCAUGAGAUGCAAUGAUGAUGGGGAAUAUGAUUCACCACCACCAACAUGCAAAGCCAUCGAAUGUCAAGUUCCAGAAGUUAAGUUUGGCAUCCAGAUUGAAGGAAAUCCCCCUUACUCCUAUAAAAGUGAAGCCAGAUUUAAAUGUGAGCCGGGUCACACCAUGAAAGGUUCAGACACGGCAGUGUGUGAGGAGAACGACUGGUCUGCCAUUCCUGAAUGUGUUCAAGAGAAAUCAAAUGCAGCGGAUACCACCGCAAAACAGACGACAGCAGGCGUUACCAUAAACACACCCACAACCAACACAAUUUUAAAUAAAAUAAAAGAGGAACAGCUCACUGUUUAUUCACUAAAUGGUGUCAAAACGGCAGUGAUUUUAAUCUCUGUGUUUGCCAUUAUGAUUGGUGGGGUGUUAUGGUUGGUACAUCAUCGUCAUAAACAAAGGGGUUCAUACAAUACUGGUGAAGGACAGUGGACAAAAGAAGAAGAAUUAUUACCAUUUCAAAAGCCAAGGGCAAACAAUCGGACCGCUCCUCUGGCCUAGUCUGCACUUUGUGGAUACAGUAUUAACUUCCUAAAGCUGCAAAUAUUUAUAUUCUUAAUGUUGUACUUUAUUUAUUAAAAAUGGUAUUUUCUACUUUUUAAAAUGUAUUCCAGACAUGAAUAAACACACAGAUUAUAUUUUUAUAUAUUUGAUUAAAGUAUGUUUUUACGUUU